UUUGCGUUGUGUUGUCUAGGUUAGGAUAGUGGGACACGUGUGAAAGGCUUCAGAGGGCUGUGUGUGGCUGUGACGAAGCGAUCCGUUGCGUUGAGCUGUGCAGGCUCCGAGGAGGCCGCCCCGGAGGGGUCCUCUUUAGCAGCUGGCUGUGAGCGGGAGGCCUGAGCGGAGAGCCCCGGCAGCGCGGCGGGGUCCCGGCCGCGGGGGGCACGGCGCUAUGGAGGAGCUGGACUGCGAGCCCGCAGUAACUUGGAUUCCAGGUGUGAAUUCCAAGAAGCAAAUGUGUUUUGACUGGGGCCCUGGGGAGAUGCUGCUGUGUGAAACUUCCUUCAACAGAACGGACAAAUCAGAGAAGGUGCCGAGCUGCCCCUUUAUCUACAUCAUACGGAAAGAUGUGGAUGUUUACUCUCAAAUUUUGAGAAAACUCUUCAAUGAAUCCCAUGGAAUCUUUGUUGGCCUGCAAAAAAUUGAGGAAGAACUGUCCGGGAAAUCCAGGAAAGCUCAAUUGGUUCGAGUGAGUAAAAAUUACCGGUCAGUCAUACGGGCCUGUAUGGAAGAGAUGCACCAGGUUGCAAUUGCUGCUAAAGAUCCAGCCAGUGGCCGGCAGUUCAGCAGCCAGGUCUCCAUUUUGUCAGCCAUGGAGCUCAUUUGGAACCUGUGUGAGAUUCUUUUUAUUGAAGUAGCACCAGCUGGCCCUCUCCUCCUCCAUCUUCUUGACUGGGUCCGACUACACGUGUGCGAGGUGGACACUUUGUCGGCAGAUGUCCUGGGCAGUGACAACCCAAGCAAGCAUGAGAGCUUCUGGAACCUGGUGACUGUUUUGGUGCUUCAGGGCCGGCUUGAUGAGGCACGACAAAUGCUAUCCAAAGAGGCUGAUGCCAACCCCUCUUCUGCAGGCAUGUGCCGCGUCCUUGGGGAUCUGAUGAGGACAAUGCCCAUUCUCAGCCCUGGCAACACUCAGACACUGACAGAGUUGGAGCUCAAGUGGCAACACUGGCGUGAGGAGUGUGAACGACACUUGCAAGACAACACAUUUGCAGCCAACCCCCGUCUGGAGUCUCUCUGCAAGAUCCUGCUAGGGGAUGAGGCCGCCUUGUUGGAGCAGAAGGACCUUCUGAGCAACUGGUACCACUUCCUAGUGACCAGGCUGCUGUACUCUAACCCCACAGUGAAACCUAUUGACCUGCACUUCUAUGCCCAGUCCAGCCUAGACAUGUUUCUUGGAGGUGAGAGCAGUCCAGAACCACUAGACAACAUCUUGAUGGCGGCCUUUGAAUUCGACAUUCACCAAGUGAUCAAAGAGUGCAGCAUUGCCCUGAGCAACUGGUGGUUCGUAGCUCACCUCACAGACCUUUUGGAUCACUGCAGACUCCUCCAGUCACACAAUCUCUAUUUUGGCUCUAACAUGAGAGAGUUCCUGCUGCUGGAGUACGCCUCGGGACUGUUUGCCCAUCACAGCCUGUGGCAGCUGGGGGUGGACUACUUUGACUACUGCCCGGAACUAGGCCGAGUUUCCUUGGAGCUGCACAUUGAGCGGAUUCCUCUCAACACAGAGCAGAAAGCCUUGAAGGUGCUGAGGAUUUGUGAGCAGCGGCAGAUGACUGAACAAGUUGGAAGCAUCUGUAAGAUUUUGGCCAUGAAGGCUGUUCGCAAUAACCGCUUGGGCUCGGCCCUCUCUUGGAGCAUCCGUGCUAAAGACGCCGCCUUUGCCACACUCGUGUCCGACAGAUUCCUCCGGGAUUACUGUGAGAGAGGCUGCUUUUCUGACUUGGAUCUCAUUGACAAUUUGGGGCCAGCCAUGAUGCUUAGUGAUCGACUGACAUUUCUGGGAAAGUACCGGGAGUUCCACAGACUGUACGGGGAGAAGCGCUUUGGUGACGCUGCUUCUCUUCUGCUGUCCCUCAUGACCUCUCAGAUUGCACCUCGUUCUUUCUGGAUGACUCUGCUCACAGAUGCCCUUCCUCUUUUGGAACAGAAGCAGGUGAUUUUUUCAGCAGAGCAGACAUAUGAGCUGAUGCGAUGCCUGGAAGACUUGGCCUCAGGGAGGCCAGAGUGUGGUGAACCUGACGCCCAGCGACUACAGGAUGACGACAUAGAGACCACCAAGGUGGAGAUGCUGAGACUGGCUCUUGCCCGGAAUCUCGCUCGGGCAAUUAUAAGGGAAGGCUCACUGGAGGGCAGCUGAGGAAAGUUGCAAUAGAGUAACUUUGUAUGGCAAUGUAAAUAGAUUUUAAAGAAUAAAUUGUUUUGCAAAUAUAAGACCA